AUAUCUUUCACUACUAUAAAUAAGCUCUACACCUGCCAAAGCUAUCUGCAAGAAUCAUCAACCAAAACAAAAACACACAUCCUAGAUAUAACACAGAAACACUACCUAGAUGGCCAAAACUAGCUCAAUCCAGAACAAGACGUUCACCGGAGUUGGUAACUUCGUAAAGUUCCUCCCAACCGGAACAGUUUUCAUGUUUCAAUUCCUUAAUCCUCUCUUAACCAACAAUGGUCAUUGCCACACCAUCAACAAGUACCUUACCGGCUUUCUCGUAGGGGUUUGUGGCUUUUCUUGCUGUUUUGCUUCUUUCACAGACAGUUACACCGGCAGUGAUGGUCUCACUCACUAUGGAAUUGUUACUGCAAAAGGACUUUGGCCAUCUCGAAACUCUGACUCAGUGAACUUGUCGAAUUACAAGCUGCGUUUUGGGGACUUUGUUCAUGCUUUCUUUUCAUUGAUUGUGUUUGCUGUUUUGGCUCUCCUGGAUUCCAACACAGUGAACUGCUUUUAUCCAUCUUUUGAGUCCACUGAGAAGGCUUUGAUGAUGGCUUUGCCACCUGCCAUAGGUGCCAUUUCUGGGGUGGUGUUCAUGUUGUUCCCUAACAAUCGCCACGGAAUCGGGUACCCUUCAAGUGAUGACAAGUCACAAAAGUCCUAAUGCGUGUUCUGGUGACAUUUAUGUGUGUGUAUUUGUACGUCUCUGAAUAUUGUGAGAUUUAGUAUUUGUCUUAUUACUUCUGGUGUAUGACAACACUUCCUAGGAAAGCUUGGAUUUGGAUACUACACUUUUCUGUCUCAAAAAAUGUAAUAUAAAUAUAGGUUUGUUUCUUCAAUAAGAUAAUUGUAAUCUUCAUGAA